AUGUUUGCGACCGGUAGAAAACCGCGGGUCGAGAUUCCGUACGAAAAUCGUCAAAAUUUGCCAAAUGGUUUGAGAGGUUGGUAUGUACAUAGACUUCUUGUAAAUGCUGUUGCAAUGUGGGCUUCACCUCGCUAUGCUUGUUAUAUUUUCAUGAUGUUAGAUGAACUUCAUAGACAAGAACGUGAAGAGCUAGAGAACAAGCUUGAAGCAAAAGACAAAAACAUACAGAAAAGAAUACCACGUUCGGUACCAAAAGGAAAGGAAAAGAACUAUAAGUAUAUGAUUUACACUGAAGAGAUGGAAAAUGAAGAAGACAGAGAUAUGGUUAUGUUGCAUUUAGUCAGAAGAAACAACAAAAGCUUUUACGACUUAGCUAAGAUUUACAAAUCUGACAGAAAUUGGUUCUAUCGCGAAAACUUACCGAUUUCAAUGACACCGAAUGAAGAUGUUAAACAGAUAGUUCAAGAUACGUUACCUCAAACACACUAUGAUAUGAAAGGUUGUACAAUACUUACAUUCAAAGAAGACUUACCGCUACUGAAGGAAAAGAUAACAGAGUAUUUUGACAACUUCAAAGAGGAAGAGUAA